AUGCCGAAUAGGAAGGUGAUAGCUGGUGCGGCUUUUAUUUUCAUGUAUUUACUAACUGAAGACCGCAAAAGUCGGAAGCGUCGAUGGUGGAAAACUAAUUUGUAUAAAAGAAGAUCUUCUUUACUUGUGGAACUAAAAUCUCAACAUAUAAGCGGUCAAUAUAAAAACUUUACCCGAAUGUCGCCUACUGACUUCGAAUAUUUGUUAACAAUCAUUGCGCCUAAAAUAUCAAGACAAGACACUAUAAUGAGAUCUGCAAUUUCGCCGCAAGAUAGACUGGCUCUAACACUAAGAUUUUUGGCAACAGGAGAUUCAUUUACAAGCCUUCAAUACACCUUCAGAAUUUCAAAACAGUCAAUGUCUUGCAUUGUACCAGAAGUUUGUGAAGCGAUUAUAAAAUCAUUGAAAGAAAACAUUAAGCUGCCAAAAACAGAGUCAGAAUGGAUCCAGAUCUCAAACAGAUUUGAUGAAUUGUGGAAUUUUCCCCAUUGUGCCGGAGCCAUGGACGGUAAACAUGUCAUUCUCGAGGCUCCGACGCGGAAUAUAAUUAUAAAUUUCUGGAUGUCGGAUGUCAAGGCCGCAUUUCAGAUGGUGGAAUUUUUAAAGAAACUGAAUUAUAUAAAAAAACUAGAAAAUAAUUCGUUAAGAUUGCCUGCACCUGAAGCACUGCAAGGUAGAAACAAAGUAGUACCAUAUGUUUUUGUAGGAGACUCUGCCUUCCCUUUACAAAACAAUAUAAUGAAACCCUAUCCAGGAGAAUACCCCAAGGGAUCGCCGCGAAGAAUUUUUAAUUACCGGCUAAGCAGAGCUCGCAGGAUUGUAGAAAAUGUAUUUGGUAUCACAGCAUCUGUGUUCAGAGUUCUACGAAAACCUAUGCUCCUUCAGCCCAAAACCGUGGAGACUAUAGUCAUGGCUAUUGCACACUUGCAUAAUUUUUUGAGAAACACGGAUUCAUCUAAAAACUUGUAUGCACCCUCUGGCUCACUUGACAGCGACCAAAACGGAAGAUUAUGUGAAGGUAGUUGGUGGAGAGGUUGUGAAAUGUCAUCUUUACUUCCAUUGAAUAAUGUACCUAGAAGAGCUGCCUCAACGGCAAAACAAAUUAGGGAUGAGUUUAAUGACUAUUUUAUGAACGAGGGUACAGUUUCUUGGCAGAAUACAUAUUGUUAA